AUGGAGAAACAGGGUCGACUGGAGGCAAUGAACGCCUCGCCUAACCACUCUAAAGUGAAGGUCUCCCUGAAACUUCCGGACAGUACCUUCGUCGCUGGUGGUGUGGUCACCGGCAAGAUGGAGAUGGAGUGCAAAUCCGACCGUGGUCUGGGUAUCGGGGUGAUCAUGGUAGAGUUAUUCGCAGUAGAGGAAUUGACAUCGCGGGAUCAUUCUGCGACCUCAACAUUCUUGCAUACCAGACGCCUCUUCCAGGGUCAAGGACUUCCGCCGUCCAAUUCCGUCCAUCCUUAUCCCAACCCAGGCGAUCCUCCCCUCCCUUCUCAUUACUACCAUGCGCGUCGUGGUAUCACUACCUUCUUAUUCCGUUUGCCGCUGCCCUCGUCAUCGCCGUCAGCGAUCAGCUUUGGUUCCGGACUUGCGCACGUCAGGUACGAAGUUCGGGCCACCGUCGGGGUGUUUUGGAAGGGCGAGAACCGCCUCGUCUUUGACAAGAAGCCCGUGGAUGUAGUAGAGAGCUUUGAUGAAGAGCUUCUCCGCGGCGAGCCGGAGGCGGUGGUUGUCGGAGAGAAUGGUAAGAUUUGGGCUCAAGGCAAAGUGGUCGGCGGCUUCAUGGUGGCGGGGCAAGCCGGUUGCGUUGAGCUGCAGGUCAAGAAUCAUUCUUCCAAGAAGAAUACCGGACUCUCCGUAUCAUUGAUGAGGGAUCUUGUCUUGCCUAGCCAACCUCCGAACCAGAAACAACCUCUGCAGAUCUCGGAUACGCUGACAUCAGUGUCCUUCCGCGGGCCGGAAUACAUCAUCCCACCAGGUGCUGAGGGCGUAGCUACCCUAGUAUUCGAUCUUCCUAGGAAUGCCAGGGGUAUCAAGGGAGGACGGCGACAAGGCGACGAAGAAGUCAAUCGAAUGGCAGAUGCACUUUUUGAGGUUCGCUGUUCGGUCAGCAUCAAGCUGACCAUGGGGAUAGGCAGCAAAGACAUCACGCUGAGUAUCCCUGUAACCGUCCUGGACCCAAUCGCAGUACCUGUUCUUCCAGCACCAGAGCCGUACUUGGCCCACUCACCGCCUCCACAAGCAUAUGCCGCGCCCGUGCUCGACCCUCACUACACCUCCGCGAUGUCCCCUCCGCCUUUCAUGGACCGCCCUCUCAGCCCAUACUCCCUUUACGCCCCUCCGAUGUCUCCUCCGUCGAUGCCCUACAUAGACCAAGGCCAAGUCUGGCUGCCUCCUCCGGUUCACAGUCCCUAUUACUACGCAUCACCUGUCGCACCCAUGUCUCCACCACUAUCACCUCCGAUACCCCAGCAGUAUUAUUAUCAGCAUCCACCGCAGGUGCCGCAGUCCCUUGGUGCACCAUAUGAGCCUCCGCCACGACCUUCAAGUGCCGAACCGAUACCCUCGGAGUCCUUCCAUGGCCUGCCGUCUGGUUUGCCCCUGGUUCCCGUGCAGCAGCCACUGCUACCACUUCCCACUGGCAACCACCCACAACCUGUGGCAGAGCGCGAAGAGGGCAAAGGCGAGCGUGCUUCGCGCAUCGCCUUGCAUCUCCGCAUGUCCUCGCGGAACCGCUCCGCCUCGCCACCAGCGCACAGGUACGCCAUGCCCACCACGUCCGAAGCGCACGCCUCUGCUGCCCUGCUCUCGCCGACCGACCCCGUACCCAUCCCAUCAAGUGUCUCCCACGCGUCUCCAGCACAUAGCCCAACCUCAUCGCCCCGUACCCCGCAACGCCGUCCGCAAACGAUAAAUCUGACAGUGUCACCCGCGCACUCCCAAGGCGUAGUGUCUCCCCGACCGAUGCUCUCGCCGAAGCACUCCUUCUCGAUUGAUCCGUUCACCACGGCGACGCCGGUCGAGCAGCUCGAGCGCAUCGCCGCGCAAGUCGACAGCGAAAACGCGGACAUGUCUGGGCCUGGCGGCAGUCCGACCAUGGACAAGCGGGACAAGACGCUCCCUCGCGUACCUCAGGAUACACUGAGGGCAUAUCCAAGCCCUGUGCGCCAGAAGGUGGACACGCUCUUCCCACCUGAUGUAGCAGCUGCCGACGACACUCCCCCUACACCGACGUUGGCCGCUGUCAUGUCUCUCAGAACGCCCAGGAAUAAUCUCGGCGUCAGCGGCGGAUUGAGUGGUUUGGAUGCACUGGAGGCCAAGCUCCUGGCGGAGGUCGGUACGCGCAAGUUGGAGAGAUCGGAGCGGCCUCCGGAUGUACGCUCGGUCAUGCCCAUUACUAUCCCGCGCCCCGCAGAGGUUGACCCCGCCAACGACUCCGCGAUCUCAAGUCUUACGCUGCCGGGUCUAGACGCCGAGGUGAAGACUCUACAUGUAGGACAGAGCCUCGAGCCCCCUCAUGACCCCGACCUCGACGACGACGACGACCGAGCCUUGACAGAGCGCAGGGUGAGCCGUAAGAGCAAAGAGAACGUGAAGUCCAGCUCUUCGACCGGGACGCGCAAGUCGAAGGACAAGAACAAGGAUAAGGAGAGGCGGAGUGGGAAGCGCAGCGGAGGCAAUGGGGCCGCAGGCAAGGACGAGGACGUUCAUCGCAUGCGGAAGACUGCGCAAGGCAGAGUCACUGCGUGGCUAGGAAGCAUCGAGCCGGAAGUCCCCCCGCAGUCGGGCACGCCGCCCCCUCUCAGCCCAGCGCCUGUAGCUGACUUAUCGGACGUCGUCCGCGAGGACGCCCAAGGGAGAGUAGCUGCGUGGCUGGGGAGCAUGCGGAAGGAUGAUCCAUCGCAGUCGAGCAAGCCUCCUGCUAGCCCCAAACUCCCCGCGCGCGAUGACCAGGCUGCCGAACUGGACGAGCGCAAAGAUGACGUGCCUAAGCCCAGUGCCGAUGCGUCACAGGGCACGCCACAGACUGAGACACCUCGUGACAUCUCUGCAGCCCCGAACCCUCGUUCAUCAGGAUUCAUGCCAAUGGGAACCUACCGUGCACAGAAACAACAGAGACGCGAGGCUGCUGAGGCCGCCCAUGCCGAGCAUGCACGAGCUUUGAAAUCACCUGUCUCUCCCCGUCUAGCUAUCUAUCCCCCCCGGCCGCAAGAUUCUGAGGUGCGCUACGACAUUCGUUCAGCUCGUGGAGGCAAGGGAGGCAAGGUCACUGCGGUAGCCGCCAUCUGGGCGUCUGCAACCCAGCAACAAGGCAAGGUCGAUCCGCCGAAGCCAACCAGUCCUCCCAGGGACAUAGCACGUCUGAAGGACAUUCCGCUGGUCAAGAACGCAGCUAGCAGACCGAUGCCUCAAGGGGUGACGAGGCCGUUGCGUAGCCAGCCCGCGAAGACUACUAAGGCUGGUGUAUCCUUCGCUGGCAUCACGUCCGACCCAAAGCCGGUCUCCGUAGCGGACCUGACCGCUAGACGUGCUAGGAUGAUCAAGUCAACCUCUGUCCCUGCGGUCGUAUCCUCCUCCCUCGCGACACCCAUGCUUUCAUCCACUGCGUCACUUUCUCGACCCGCACCAGCUCUCAUGGAUAGAAACAAAGCUAACAAGCUGAACACUGCUCGCCUUGCGCAGGUGGAGACAUCACUGCCGACCUUGAAGGAGGACCCGACCAAGCCUCCUGUCGCGAAAGGCGAUCUCGCAUUUGGACAAGCACGACUCCGGGAACUCAUUAAACGAUAUCAGGGACAGAAGCCAUGA